UAAAUUUAGUAAUUGACCCGUCUACAGUGCUCAGUGACGAAUUUUCCUGUGUGAGACGAUCAAUGGCUGACAAAAGAGGCCUACAGCACCCCCAAGGGCUGGCCUGCCCUCUUUGUCUUGAUACCUUCAAGAACCCCACCCUGCUGCUAUGUGGACAUACGUUCUGUAAGGUCUGUCUGGAGGGUUACGAUGAGCUACGGAAUGGCGUUGAUCACAUGGAGUGCCCUGUGUGCAGAAAACGCACAAAGCUAGAGGAAAACAGGGUUGCCGGACUAUCGCCAAACUUUUCACUGAAGGGGCUUCAGGAUGAACUCCACAUCGAUGAACAGACGUCACAAAAUCUGUGUCCACUACACAAGGCUGAAUACAGGAACAUAUUUUGUGAAGUUUGUGAGAAUUUCAUUUGCAUUACUUGCUUCAUCAAAAACCAUCAAGGGCACAGGAUCAUCAGGAAAACGGACUUGAAAGAGGGGUUAAGAAAGAAGAAAAUGGCUCUCAUUCAGGAUGGUAAGGCAAGGAAAAGCCAAAUUGAAAAGAUUUUAAAAGAUGCAGAACAACAAAGGAAAGAGAUUUGUUGCCACCUUAGUAAAAUGGAGAAGGAAAUUAGGGAUGCUUAUGCUAAAAAAGUUACAACUCUCCAAGAAAAUGAGAGGAAACUAAUAGAAAAGGUUCACAGUAUUCAAAGCGGCUCUGACAAGCAAUUGAAUUACUGUAUUGCUCAGCAUAUUGAGUUGACGGAUAACAUAAGCAUCUCAGUCGCAAUAUUAGAAUCCAACGAAUCAGAGCAUUUACAAGAUCAUGUUCUGAUAGAAGAUCAUUUGCAUUGCAUUUCUCUUGAAAACUCACUGAAGAAAGUCAACAAACCCAAUGAUGAGCAGUCAAUGGCACAGGUAUUACAAGCAGCAAAGAACUCCAAGUUUCAUUGCGCCAAAAGGAAACUUCUCGAUGUAGGUCACAUUGAGCCUGGAGGAAAUGCAACAACAAGUAACAGUCAACAAGCAAAGGCACCAACAAGUAAUAGUCAACAAGCGAAGGCAACAACAAGUAACAGUCAACAAGCGAAGGCAACAACAAGUAACGAUCAACAAGCAAAGGCAACAACUAGUAGCAGUCAACAAGCGAAGGCAACAACAAGUAACAAUCAACAAGCGAAGGCAACAACAAGUAGCAGUCAACAGGCAAAGGCAACAACUAGUAGCAGUCAACAAGCGAAGGCAACAACAAGUAGCAGUCAACAGGCAAAGGCAACAACUAGUAGCAGUCAACAAGCGAAGGCAACAACAAGUAACAGUCAACAAGCAAAGGCAACAAAAAGCAGUCAACAAGCGAAGACAACUGCUCCUGUGGCUGUGCAUACCCUAGGUCACAACGGUCAGGGAGGAAAGGCAUCAACAAGUAGCAGUCAACAAGCGAAGACAACUGCUCCUGUGGCUGUGCAUACCCUAGGUCACAACGGUCAGAGAGGAAAGGCAUCAACAAGUAACAGUCAACAUGUGAUGACGACUGCUCGGGUGAAUAUGAACACUGAUGAGAUGCAACCAAGUACUAGUGGUAAUGUAGGAGCUAUUCCAGCAAUGGUUAAGACUAAUUCACUUACUAUUGUGAAGGAAGCUGAAUUGCCUGGUAUAUUUGGGAUGGCAGCCAUAUCUCAGGAUUCUGUGGUGAUAGGGUAUGGUCAAAAUGGUGCUGAGUGUUCCUCUUUGUCAGGUGAGAGUGCAUCACAUCUGGAUGGAGGGGUAGUAUAUGACAUUGCAUGCCUUACUCAUGGUAGAUCAGCAGUAUCAGAUUCUGAUGGGAUUUGCAGUAUCUACGAUGCACAAGGUAUACAAGGUAUUCAAUAUCAGUACAACCAAGGCUUUGGCUACCGCUACCAUUUUAAGUUAUGUAGUGACCAACAUGAUAAUAUCUAUGCUGUCAACGGCAAUCCAGAGAUCUACAUCUUCAGUGGUAGCAACCCUAACCCACAGACCAUCAUCCCAACUGGCAAAGUCCAGUCUAAACAGAUCUGUGUAACCAAGACGGGUGUUAUUAUCAUCUGCGGUAUUGUUAAAAGCAAGGCGAUACAUACGCUUAGGUCAGUUACUGUGUAUGAUAGAGAAGGGCAUAUGGGUAGCUCUAUCAAAUCCAACAACAUGUUGAUAGAAUACCUGUAUGCUGCAGUAGAUAGUCGAGACAGAGUGUUAGUAGCUAGGAUAAAGGAUAGGAGUGAUGUGCUGAGAUUGACCAGAUAUACUCUCCAAGGAGUGACACUCACCAAGGAGGUGAUGUUCAAACAACUCAGACUCCCACAUAGCUUUGUUUCUUGUUUGUGUUAUAUGGUUAGUCUCUCUCCUAGCAUGAUUGCCUUUUCUACCGGCAAGCAUCUGUAUUUCAUAGAACUUGGUCUGUAGCUCUUAUUCGUAUUACCACCAUCCUUUUUGUUUACCUACAGUUAUGUGUAGUUCUUACUCUUUCAAAUUAUUGCAAUUUCAUCUCUUCUAUUGUGAUUUCAUGCUUACACAGCAGUGAGAGUGGGGAAAGUCAGUGGUAUUUGGCAGUCAGGUUUAAUCAACAUGUAUGUACAUUCAACUCACAUCAAAAGUAUUUUCCUUGAUACACUCUUAGAAGGCUAUCAACCAAGUUCUUUGAUCAUUUGAUGAGCUUGUUAGAACAGUUAUCAUUAUGAGUAUUUACUUGCAUACAAGUAAAUAAUAGU